UUUCGUGGGUUAGGAGAAGAAGCAACUAAUCACGUGCGGAAAGGUCACCGAGCAUGGCUUCGACGAUGCAGCUAGAGUUCUCGCAAGCCAUGUCCGACUUCAAAAACAUGUUUCCGGACAUGGAUCGGGAUGUGAUCGAGGCGGUGCUACGUGCUAACCAGGGCGCAGUUGACGCUACCAUCGAUCAGCUGUUGGCCAUGAGCACAGACAAUCAGAACGAAAAGCUACGCAACGAGCUGGAAACAGACGGGAGUGUUCCGAAUCCGAAUGCAGACCGACCCUUGCUCGAUUUGUCGGGAUCGGAACCAUUCCUCAGCACCUCACCGAACGCUGCUGGUUCGAACGUUGCGCAACAGCUUGGUGCGUCGCCAAAGAUUCGCAAGCCACCAGGUGGCAGUACGGUGGGUAGCGCUACCAAUAGCCCACGAAUCUCAGCUCCUGGCCAUUUGCAGGCACAAGCACACCAGCACAGAGAAGCGUCUGCACUUGGUGAACGUUCGUCCACCUCGACGGUGAUAAAUCGACGGUGGAAUCCACCAUUGGUUGGUCCUCUGCCACCGACGUUUCUUCGGCUGGCCGGGGUAGUACCCUGUGGUGGUGGAGGUGGAACGAUCGGCCCGGACGGCACGUACCGUAGCACCGAGUUCGAUCUCGGUGACGAGCAGUUCGCGAUGAUGCUCCAGAACGAGGAGUUUAUGGCGGAACUGCGAUGGAAUCAAGAGUUUCUGUCAGCGCUCGAGAAGGAUCAACAAGGUAAGGUACAGGACGAUGCGGCGUUCAAGGAACGGUUGCGCCACAUGGGCAAGGUGUCGCGCAAGAAGUUUGCCCAGCUGGCGCACGUGUUCCGGUGGCAACGCGGUGGCAACAAGAAGGCUAGUGCCGUGCGGCAUCCCGACUCGCUGCUGCUGCAGGAAGAGCACAGCGACGACGAGGGAGAGCCUAAGCGGGUGGCGGGAAAAAAGUAGAACCGAGUCAUCAAGCCUAAACAGCUGCAAUUGGCAGGAGGCCACAAGCAUUGUUAACCUAAUCGAACUGUUUGGCGAUCGGGGAUGGUAUAGAUACAGCAGGAAACAUUUUUAUUUUACCUUUGAAAAACUAUCCUCUUAACGGCCACACAAUGUUUGGAACAUUUCUCCUUGGAGUACGAUCGAUGGUAAAAUUUCGAGAGGAGUACGCUAUUUAAACCUGUUCGCCACAUGUUUCGAGCCCCGCCGAGAAAACACAAACUGAGCGAACGUUCUAAACGAUAACGUUUAAUUAUCUACUUUCUUCUUAUUAGUUCCUAGUCUAUAUCGGUGGGUAGCCACGUAACUCUGAGCUAGAGCAAUGAAAGAGACUGCAUUUUUUCCUUCCUCACCUGUGUCCCCGUUUGUGUCUGUUUUUACUAGAUACAUCAUUGCUAACCACAGAACGCUGCGGACGAAAUCGGUGGCACGGUCGGAAUACUAUCGAUCCAAAAAUAAGCUAUGAGAUUAAUAUCAAGGAAGUGAAGACGGUUGAGUUUUCUUACUAUUGUAAUUAGUGUGGUAUGAGCGAUCGUCAGACAGAGGUGGAACAAUUUCUAACAAUUUUAACGAGAAUCUCGCAAACGUACGUGCUAUAUUUAUCUUUUUUGUUUUGUUAUGGUAAUCUCCGCAAACCCUGUGUCGGUGUGUUUUUAUCACUUUAGUUAUUUAUUUGUACAUAUACCCGAGGGCUCGUUUGCUUAAUAUUUGUUUGUUAUCAGUAGCACUCUUGGUACCUCGAACACGAAGGUAUUGUAGUAGCGUACAAUCUGUUGGCAGGUGUUUAGACUGGAAUGGGUGCUACAUUUUGCUUUCGGCCACAAAGAUACUGGUAUAAUUUAUUACGUCUUUGAAAAAAAAGAUCUAUUAGCCAUAAAUUUAGGAUGAAAAAAAAAAAACUAUAUUUACAAUCAGUUUGGUAUGCAAUGUUCGUAUUAGUAGUGUUUCGGUAUUACAAGCUUGUUUAUUUUCUCGAAUUUUUACACUAUCACUUUGGAAAAAAACACCACCAAAAAUUACAGUUUAGACAUUCAAACAAAACAGCAAAUUUGCGGAACAUGUAUCUGCAUAUAUAUAACAAGAAAGAAAAAAAAAACAAACAAAACAUAAUUAUUUAUAUAUACAUAGAUGGAAACAAUUAGGAUAGAGAUAAAGAGAGAGGAGACAGAGAAAAUACCAACAAUUGAAACAAAAAAUCGAUUACCAUUGUGAAUGCAAAGCGAAGCAGAAUUGGUACUAGUCAUUAGACGUUAGAAAAGGUGCAACAACUUGUAAUGGCUCCAACAACAUCGGAUUGGAUUAUUAAAUCAUUGGGCAGAAUUAUACGUCUCUCUCGUGUACUUCUUUCUACUAGCGACAAACAGUAACCAACUACUAGGCCACGAGUUAAUAGGAAAACAUUGGGAAACUGAGAAAAGCUAACAAACAAAAUAGAACAUAUUUCACUGCAAACGAUAGUGCAAACCAAACUGUAAGGGAAAGAAUCUAUAAACUUCUGAUAGAACCAGUUGGUCAGCACGCCCUGUUUUUUACCAUUUGGUGGUGCAGCUCCAACUGGUGGUUGAUGACUGAGGCCUAUCGUGAAAUGUUUGAAUCUCUUGGUUUUACCGACUUAUCUUUAGUAUUGAGGUGCGUUUUGGCGAGAAUUUGUUUAAUUUUAUUGAUCUGAUAAUGAUAAAAAAUUUAAUCGCAUCAGGGCCAGAAGCGCUUCAGCAUUAAACGAAUAAAAGCAAUCUUUACAUUAGGGUCUCUGUAAUCGAUACAAUUCCUUAACGCAAAUCGAAACCAAAUUUUUACCGUUUCCUAUUCAUAUAGAAUGAUGCCGACUAUACUACUAUUAUAAUUAUUAUUAUUACUCGUUUUCUGUAGUCGUGUUUAUUGCGCGUAGUUAAUAAAUUCGAAGCGUAUUUGCAAAUAAACUAUUUUCCGUUGGCUAAAUGGCGCUGGUUGUUUCAUGUAUAAUUCAACAGACAAACGCAAUUACGAAUAGCCAAUCUUACCAGUCGAACAAGAAGCAGUAGACCAUUGGCAACAUAAUGUAACUACCCUUCUGAUAGUAGGCAAGUGAAACCGAGUGAUAGUUCAAGUAGGAAAUGUACCCCACAUCGUGGUCUGAAUUGUGCAGACACUGUAUUCCCUGUUCGGACGAAGCCGAAACGAAGUGUUGAUACAAACACCGUUGUAAGACGAAAGCGUUCAAUAUUCCAAGUUUAGAAGAAAGCUACCGCUGAUGAUAGCAACUAGAAAUUAGAGUGAGAAAAGUAUCGAUGAGAAUUGCAUUGUGUUGGGGACGGCGUUGGAAAACUGAAUGGUAUCGCAGCAAUGUUUGCCUAUCAUUCGAAGCGGUUGAAAUGCCACACUGCUGGCUAAUGCCAAUCAAAUGAAAUUUCCUGUUAGGUGGUACAAAAAACAAC